GGCGGAUUGCGGGCAAACCGCCUGGGGCCGGUGAGGGGGAGGAGUUGGAGAGAGAGGCUACCUAGUACCGGGUUUUGCACGCUGCUUUUGUGCAACGCUCGCCUUGUCGCCCGGGGAGAUGCCCAGUAUCUGGGCAAUGCUGGGCCUUUUGGCCACCGUUUUACUUCUUGUGCUCGGACCGCUUGCAGUGGAGGGAGGUGGUCUAGCUGACAAAGUGAUUUGGGCUGUAAAUGCGGGAGGAGAGGCCCAUGUGGACGUCCAUGGCAUCCACUACCGGAAAGACCCACUGGAGGGCAGAGUGGGCAGAGCAUCUGAUUAUGGCUUGAAGCUGCCCAUUCUGAGAUCCAACCCGGAGGAUCAGGUCUUAUACCAGACGGAGCGUUACAACGAAGACAGUUUUGGGUAUGAAAUUCCCAUCAAAGAGGAGGGAGAAUAUGUCCUUGUGCUGAAGUUUGCAGAAGUGUAUUUUGCACAAUCCCAACAGAAGGUGUUUGAUGUGCGUGUCAACGGCCACACUGUUGUGAAGGACUUGGAUAUAUUUGAGCGUGUGGGACACAGCACGGCCCACGAUGAGAUCAUCCCCAUAAGUAUUAAGAAAGGGAAGCUGAGCGUGCAAGGAGAAGUCUCCACUUUCACUGGGAAGCUCAAUGUGGAAUUUGUAAAGGGAUAUUAUGACAACCCCAAAGUGUGUGCAUUGUUCCUUAUGAAGGGAACACUAGAUGAAGUUCCGAAGUUACAGCCUCACCCUGGCCUGGAAAAAAAAGAAGAGGAAGAGGAGGAGGAAGAAGAUGAUGUAUCUAGCAGCAAAAAGCAGAGUAACAAGAACCGGGUGCAGUCUGGUCCUCGCACCCCUAAUCCUUAUGCCUCUGACAACAGCAGCCUCAUGUUUCCCAUUUUGGUAGCCUUUGGUGUGUUUAUUCCUACACUCUUCUGCCUGUGUCGACUAUGAGAUGCCAAAUGUCCAUUAUUUUUAGGGUUGUUUUUGUUUGUUUUUUUAAAUGCCUUUUUUUGCUUUUUGUUUUCCUGAA